AUGUCCCCUCAAGUGACCAACGUCGGCUUCAUCUGCCUAUCCUCCCGACCCGAAUGGUCCUGGGCCGUCGCCGCUCACCUCACCUACUUCAUCAACUCCAAACACUACAACUUCGCAGCCCUCCAAAACAGCUCCAGAGAAAUAGCCCAGAGAGCAACCCGCCUCCACAAUCUUCCGCAAGACACCAAAGCCGACGGCGACAUCAGCGCCCUCGUCUCCGACCCAGACGUCGACCUCGUAGCCGUAACUAUAAGAGUCCACCUCCACGCCGCCGCCGUCGAAGCCGCCAUCCGCGCCGGGGAAAGCGCCGUCUUCUGCGAGUGGCCCCUGGUGCGGAACAGCAUCGAGGCAGAGCGCCUGACGUCCCUGGCUAGAGAAAAGGGAGUCAGGACCUUGGACGGUAUGAGCCAGGUUGACAAGAAUUUCUUUUGGGAGAUUACGGGGACAAAGGGGACGCUUUUGAUUGAGGGUUUGAUGGGGAAUAACCAGGGAUUCCCGCCGACGAUCAAGUUCGUCAAGGCUGAGCCGAGUGCCGUGCUGGAGGUUGUUGAAGUGGAUGAGGUCAAGGGGUUUUCGAAUAACACGGGCAAGGCGUGGGAGGCGUUUGCCGGGGGUUCUGGGGAGGCGCCGGAUUUUGACGUUGCUUUGAUUAGGCAUCGUAUGUUGGAUGCUAUCUAUAGGAGCAGUGAGCUUGGUACGAGGGAGGAGCACUGGUGA